CCGAGAAGGCGGAAGUGCCCGGAGGGGAGGAGUCGUACCCAAGAACUCGCCUGGCCAUGGAGAGCUCCCUGGAGAAGAUGGUUGACCCUACCUUAGCAGAAAUGGGAAAGAAUCUUAAUGAGGCCAUGAAGAUGCUGGAAGACAAUCAAAGAAAAAUUGAGGAAGAAAAUGAAAAGAAGUAUGUAAGGAACGAUAUUCCUGGACCACUCCAAGGGAGUGGGCAAGAUAUGGUGAGCAUUCUCCAAUUAGUACAGAACCUCAUGCAUGGAGAGGAGGAAGAUGAGUCAUCACAGUCUUACCGACUUCAGAAUGUUGGAGAACAAGGUCACAUGGCUUUACUGGGACAUAGUCUGGCAGCUUAUAUUUCAGUGCUGAACAGGGAAAGGCUGAGAAAUCUUACAACUAGAAUCCUUUCGGACACCACUCUGUGGCUUUGCAGACUCUUCAGGUAUGAAAAUGGGUCAGCUUAUUACCAUGAAGAUGAUCGUGAAGGUCUCUUAAAAGUCUGUAGGCUUGUUAUUCACUCUUGCUACGAAGACUACACAGUAGAAGGAUUCAAUGUGUUAUAUAAUAAGCAGCCUGUUAUAUACAUUAGUUCUGCAGCCAGAACAGGCUUGGGCCAAACUCUCUGCAAUCAGCUUGGGUUGCCCCUUUCAUGCAUGUGCCGCGUGCCUUGUAACACCAUGUUUGGAUCCCAACAUCAGAUGGAUGUUGCUUUAUUGGACAGACUAAUUAAAGACGAUAUUAACUCUGGAAAGCUGCCACUAUUACUAGUGGCGAAUGCUGGUACACCAGGAGCAGGUCAUACAGACAAGCUUGGGCGACUGAAAGAACUUUGUGAGCAGUAUAACAUGUGGCUACAUGUAGAAGGAGUGAAUUUGGCAACUUUGGCUUUAGGUUAUGUCUCCUCUUCAGUACUGGCUGCAACAAAAUGUGACAGCAUGACUCUUACUCUGGGUUCCUGGCUGGGUCUCCCAGCAGUACCUGCAGUGACACUCUACAGACACGAGGAUCCUUCUUUGUCCUUAGCUGCAGGCCUGACAUCAAGUCAGCCAGUAGAGAAACUCCGUGCCCUGCCCCUGUGGCUAUCCUUGCAGUACCUGGGACAUGAUGGGAUUGUAGAGAGAAUAAAGCAUGCGUCUCAGCUGAGUCAGAGGUUGCUGGAAAACUUGAAGAACAUGGAUUUCAUUAAAACUUCGGUUGAAGAUGAAUUUAGCUCUCCUGUAGUGGUAUUCAAGUUUUCCCCAGAACUUCCAAAUAUAGAUCAGAUGCUACAUGCUGGACCGGCAUCUAUAAUUCAACACCCUAUAACCAGCAAUGAGAGACAUAUUUGUGACACCUUCAAUCAGUGGCUAGGUGAACAGUUGGCACAGUUAGUUCCUGCCAGUGGAGUUGAUGUGGUAGAACUAGAAGAUGAAGGCACAUGUGUACGUUUUAGCCCAUUAAUGACUUCUGCAGUUUUAGGAACUGAAGUACAAGAUGUAGAUCAGUUGGUGGACUGCUUGAAAAUGAAGAUAUCAAUACUGACAUGCACACUGCAGCUAAGAGAGGAAUUUGAGCAAGAAGUGAAAAGAACAGUAGGCUUGUCAUAUAUUGAAGACCUCAGCUGGCCAGGACUAGGUGUUGUAAGGUAUGAGUAUAACUGUGAUGGGAAGAAUGAUGACAAACAAGAGAAAGAAGCAGAGAAAAUUAACACUGGACUUUUGAAAAAAUUAAAUGAACUGGAAUCGGAUCUCACUUUUUCUUUGGGCCCAGAAUUUGGAGGGGAGAAGAACUGUGUAUAUAUCGGCAUGGUAACUGAAGAUCUGGAUGUGUCCGAGCUGGUAGAAACUAUUGCAGCAACAGGCAGAGAAAUUGAAGAAAAUUCUAGACUGCUGGAAAACAUGACUGAAGUCGUUAGAAAGGGGAUACAGGAAGCGCAGGUUCAGCUUCAGAAAGCAAAUGAAGAAAGACUUCUUGAAGAGGGCCUGCUACGACAGAUUCCUGUAGUUGGCUCUGUGCUGAACUGGUUUUCUCCAUUUCAAGCAUCACCAAAGGGAAGAACAUUUAACUUAACAGCAGGCUCUCUAGAGUCCACAGAACCCACAUAUGUAUCAAAAGCGCAGGGGACUGGGACUACCCCACCCCCGACUCCGACUCCCAAUCGCAUUAAACAAAGACUUCCUGGUCAAAAGCUUUUUAAAAGAUCUUUAAGAAGCUCUGAUGGAUUUAGUGAGACCAGUUCAGUUAGUCACACUGAUGACUUGGAAAAGAUGGAGCAACUCUCCCAUUCUGUGUCUACUGUACAAGAGCAAGGGACUGUGGAGACAGAGAAAGCGGAGCAGCAGAAUGAGAUCGUACAGGUAACAAAUGACAAAACUGAAGACCUGCAAAGUGACAAAUCACAACGAUCAGGAAAUGACUGCACUAAAGUAGAGGAACAAGAAAGUCUAAGAUAAAAUCCAGAUUUUGUGAAUGAAGACUUUGUAUAAUAACCACAUUCCCUGUACGGCAGGGAAGUUUAUGAUGU